UACUUCCAUAACACCAGACAAUAGAUAUGACUACAUGAGAUAUUUGAGCCUUGAGGUUCUUCGAAAUUGUUUCGAAGCCAGUCCGUCUAAGUCCGCGCUUAUUUCUACCGGAAUAUAUGGAUUCUGGAUAGUAAUAAUACCACAAAAUAAUGAUAAGAGUGAUGGACAUGUGCGAUCAGCUUGACAGUUUAUACUGUUUUUACUAUAAAUUAUGUAUUUAGUAUAACUAGUUCGCUGUCCGAUUUUCCGAUGGCUGCCGUUCGCCACUAGAAAAAUAAGACUUCAAAACGAUAGCUGUUGCUUAUGCUCUGGAUUAUCUUCACCUAAAGCCUGACUUGCGUUUCGACCUCUCGUGGACUGAUCAAUUUGACGAGUGUUUCGUUGCCAGCAGUCUGUUGUAGUCAUCGUAGCAGUUCAGUAAUGCUGCCCGAAGACUUCGCUGACCGGAUAGCCGGGCUGUGUCUGGAGAAAUUCGAUCGGCUGCCGGACAAGGGAAAACCGUUGUCUGGUAAACAGUGGACACUUUUAUCAGGCGUCGUACAGGCUGAGAACGACUUGGGCUCGCUGAAAGUCGUCUCACUGGCCACCGGCACCAAGUGCAUUGGUGCUAGUAAGCUAUGCGGCAAAGGCACUGUGGUCAACGAUAGUCAUGCCGAGGUCUUGGCACGCAGAGCUUUGUUGCGUUAUUUCAUCCAAGAAAUCGAAGCGGCUUGCAAAGACCGUUCGUCGAUAUUUGUGCUGAGGUCGGCGAUUGCCGACGACGAUUGCGGAACGAAAAACCAUUCGGCUCGCCCAUGCUCACUGACGUUGCGACCAGGCGUGACUUUCCACUUUUUCUCCAGUCACACGCCGUGUGGUGACGCUUCGAUAUUUCCGAAAACCGGGGGCAAAAGGGCGGACGUGCACGACGAUGGCGUCGGACCGGAAGCAAAAAGACGCAAGACCGACAGCGACGAUGACGACGACAUACACCGGACCGGAGCUAAAUGUCUGAGCGUAGAGACGAGGCAGGAUCCUCGACUUCCGGGUGCGGCGUAUCACGCGAUCGGAGCUGUGCGGACCAAACCGGGACGAGGAGACCGGACGUUGUCCGUCUCGUGUAGCGACAAAUUGCUGAGGUGGCACUCGUCGGGCGUACAGGGAGGUUUGUUGUCGCUGCUCAUCGAACCGGUGUACUUGUCGUCGCUGACUGUUGGCGGUGGUUGUCCUUACUCUGAGCCGGCUUUGCGCCGGGCCGUCAUCGAACGAGCCAACUGCCCUGACGACGAAGACGCUCGAUCGCCUUCGAUUCCACCGCUCCGCCUGGCGCGUUCUGCUUUGGAAUUCCAACAUGCCAAACAUCGCAUGGCCGCUGACUGCAAGCCGUGUCCGUCCAGUGUGGUCUGGUGGGAAGAUGAUAGCGGUGGCGGAAGGGUAGGAGGCACGACCGUGUCAGGGGGUCGUCACGAAGUGUUGGUGAACGGCCGAAAACAGGGCGCGACGAAAAAGGCGGUGGACGGAAAGGCGACCGGUUCGUCGGCGCUGUGCAAAAAGUCGCUGUUCGACGCGUGUCGACAUCUGUUGGCCGGUGACGGAGGAACCGCAGACGGCCGAGAAGUCACUUACGCGCAGGCCAAGUUGGACGCCACGUCGUACCGACGCCGAUGGGCGGCCAUCAGGCGCCGGUUGGGCUGCUGGACGGUGAAACCAGAAGCUCUUCAGGACUUCACGUGACGCUCGGAUGUGCCACGUGCGCGAUAUGGAUGGUGGACGAUGGAAAUAUAUAAGUCUGCCUAUCGUGUUGACGAUGUUCAGACAACAGCGGAAUGGACACAACAAUAAACACACCAACUUUUUAAUAACAUUUAUAGUAAUAUUUUUGAGCAUUGUAAUGAAAAACUACACAAUAUAAAUAUGAUA